UUUUCUUAAUUGGGUUGCCUGUGGUGCCAGGCGAUAUUUUAGCAUCACUCGAACCUUUACUUCUAUUUAGCUUUUAUGGACGCGGCUAAAUGGCCAAAAGCGACCCUGCUCUCAUCAAGAUUAAAGGAUUACCCAGUGAAGUACCAGAGAAUUCAAUUGUAAGCUAUUUUCAAGAUUCAGAGAUCGGCGGAGGGGCGGUCAAGCGACUCGAUAAGACUCAAGAUGGCUGCACGCUCGUUACCUUUGAGAAUUCAGAAGCUGUGAAGACAUUCAUGUCUAAUAGACCCCACCAUUUCAAUGGGGUCCUACUGGAGGUCGAAUGCUGCCAACAAACCCUCACUUAUGCCGAGGUCAGCACCCGUAUUCCGAACAGAGAGAGUCAGUCCGCUUCCCACAACACCAGGGGGAUGCCAUCGUCCGGAUUUAUUUCCAUACCAAGCAGCCAUCCGUCUAGUAACUAUAUGUCUUCCCGAAACCCUCGAGAUUCUCGCAAUUCACCUGCAUCUCGCAAGUCAAACACAUGGAGUGCCCCUAUGUCACGGACUUAUAAAAAAAUUCGAACCCCGCAUCAUGACAAACAUGCGUCCCGUAACCCUCGAGAGCCUCGUGUGUCCCAUAACCCUCGGGACUCACCCGCGUCCCGUAACCCUCGGGACUCACCCGCUUCCAGCAACCUUCGGGAGUCACCCACGUCCUGUAACGUCCGGGACUCACCCUCGUCCCGUAACCCUCGGGACUCACCCGCGUCCCGUAACCCUCGGGACUCACCCUCGUCCCGUAACCCUCGGGACUCACCCUCGUCCCGUGACCCUCGAGACUCAACCUCGUCCCGUAACCCUCGGGACUCACCCGCGUCACGCUGCGCGUGGGUAACGCUUGUGAUGCUUGGUGACGGGUACGCUGCGGGCGCUCUGGCCGUCGCACACUCGCUGAUAAUGGUGCAAACCAAGUAUGACCUCGUCUGCAUGGUAACACCUGACGUCACACAUCCUACCCGUCGACACCUGUGCGUCAUGUACGAUCACGUGAUCGAGGUGCCGUACAUUCAACAUCGGUGUCGGAAGCUCUGGUCUGAGAAGCAGUCCCGGAUGUACGACGACUGGAUCGAGUUCUCGUUCACCAAGUGGAACUGCCUCAACCUGGUGCAGUACGAGCGAGUGAUGUUUAUAGACGCAGACAUGGUCGUCAAGGUGAACAGUGAUGAUCUAUUUGAGUUACCCGCUCCAGCGUCUGUCUUUCCGACACAGAAUGCUCCUUGCUACUAUAACCCCUACUUGAAGCCGGACACAGAAAUCACGAUCCCACCAGAACAGGGGGCACUCAUGAAUCCAAUAGAGGUCUUUAAAAGAGCCAAGGAAACCAAUAACUUCCUCGCUUUUGGAGGACUGGUCCUUCUCCGCCCAGACAAGAAUGAGUACAAAUCUCUUUGUGAAUUUAUUCAUGAGCAAGCAGUUUUCGGUGAGGGUCUUCGGACAGCGUCUGGCGCGGACGAGGUGGCUAUCAGCCUUUUCUACGCACGCAAGGGUGUAUCCUGGACUCAUAUUCACCACCGCUAUGCUGUCGUCCCGUGGAGGGCACACUGGAUUCUACCUCAUGAACCCUACAUUCUGCACAUCUUCGGGCGACCCAAACCGUGGGAGGAGGGGUGCGACUGGCCAGACCCGGAUUGGUGGGGCGUGGUCGAUGACCUGCUGGGGUCUCACCCCGAUCUCAGUGAGCUUUACCCCCCUCGUCCUGCGAUCACAAAAAGACCAGAAAUAGAAGAUGGGAUGAGGGAUUCGCAGAUGGAUUGUGGCAAUAAUAACAACGCUCGCAACGACACUAACCUGAACUAAAACGGAAUCCAACCAACGUUGCGUUGCAACGAUCAUGAAGUUCCGUGCGAGCGGCGCCAGCAUUAGUGCUUCCAGCUCCGUGCGAACAGCGCCAACAUUAAUGCUUCCAGCUCCGUGCGAACGGCGCCAGCAUUAAUGCUCCCAGCUCCGUGCGAACGGCGCCAGCAUUGAUGCUCCCAGCUCCGUGCGAACGGCGCCAGCAUUGAUGCUCCCAGCUCCGUGCGAACGGCGCCAGCAUUGAUGCUCCCAGCAAUGCUUGCACUGUUUGUACACCUGGGAUUUGGUGUGAAGUACUUUUUGCCCACAUUUCCUUUGUCCUGUGGUCUUGUGGAUCCAGUACCAACACCAGACCGACCUUCUCACUCUCCAGGUAGAAAUUAUUCCCAAUUCGCCUUAACCAAGCGCGGCCCAUACAGACACCAAGCCAAACCAAAGUUGGCAAAUUAAGUGACUUUAAAUUCUAUUGUAGUUUUUAUUGAAAAUAAUAUUGUUUUUUAUCUUCAUCUUUAACUUUUACGCAUGUAAUGCGAAUUAAUAUUGCACAUAUUGCAAAAUAGUUGCCAGAAUUGAAAAUGAUUGUAGAAAUAUUUUGAGAUAUUCUUAAUUUAAUUAUGUAAGCCUCACAAUUAAAUUUUUUCGCAAAUAUUAACAACUAUAUAAGCAAGAUAUAUCAUUAGGCCUAUAGCUAGACAUCAAAAGAUAAUAUCUUUAGUUAGGUUUUACUUAGAACUAUGUAUAUACAAUUAUUAGAUAAAUAUAUCAUUAGGCCUAUAGCUAGACAUCAAAAGAUAAUAUCUUUAGAAAUGUUUUACUUAGAACUAUAUAUAUACAACUAUAUUAGCAAGAUAUAUCAUUAGGCCUAUAGCUAGACAUCAAAAGAUAUCUUUAGUAAUGUUUUACUUAGAACUAUAUAUAUACAACUAUUAGCAAGAUAUAUCAUUAGGCCUAUAGCUAGGCACCAAAAGAUAAUAUCUUUAGUAAUGUUUUACUUAGAAGAUACCGUAGAAAUACGAUUCGGAUUUGCAAUAAUAAACCCUCUUUUAUGAAGAAA